UCGAUGCUACCAGUCUCUUUAAUAGCCACAUCAAAAAAACUGUAUUCCAUCCAGUACUCGCUCAAUCGCUCCGUGGAACAGAUACCGUGGCGUAGAACUGAGGUAGGGCGAGUCCUGCCAAUUUGAAAGGGAAAACCCAUCCUGUCCCCCGUUUUUUUAUCCUACAAUGUUGAGUGAUUCAACCCGACAACUCUAACGACCAGAUGCAUAUAUACGCAUAUCUACGCAUGGCUGCUUGAAUGUCUCAGAUUCCUACUUAUCACCUGACUCUUGACAUAUAACGACAAGCCAUCAUCGAUUCUUUGAUCUCCAUUCGCUUCUUUGUUAGCCAUGGCAGACUUCAGUCGGGGCUCGACCGUUGUCGUUUCCCCCAAGUUACAACAAAGCUAUGCUCAUCUUCCUACGAAUAUAUCACAUUACACAUCUCUCCCAUCUCUUCCAUCCCUGCCAACCAGAACCCAAGAGCAGAAACUCCCUAGCUUACCGAUCACUCUACCUCGACUCCGAAUCGAUAGCAUCACAGGGGUAGCUCUCUUCAAUAACACGGAAACUGCACCUCCGAGCCGAGCUGCGGAACGAUCUUAUGCCUCUGCGAACCAUCCUUCGAAGCUCAAUGGGUUUUCCGUGAAAUUGAACUGGAAUUUUCAAUUAGCUGCUCCGCAAACCUGGGAUGCUCAAAGGCCCCCGGUUCAUCAUCUGACGAGCAGGAAUCCUAAUGCAAAUGUAUAUCCUGUAUUUACAUCACAGGCUUUUUCAAUGGCAGGAGAAGGUGGAACUGGUCCAUAUGCGGCUCCGUCCUCAUUCGAGCAAUUAGGGGACGAAGCUGAGGCAGCCCAUCAAGUCGGGUCCGGGGCCAUCGUGGCAGAUAACGUGUCAGUCACGGAUGCCGGUUAUGAAUCAGACACAGCAGCAACGACUGCAUCGACAUCGGUGUCAUCGAGUAUUUGGGAUUUUUCCUUCGAGAACGGAAGAAGAUACCAUAAAUUUAGAGAAGGACGAUACAACUUCCCGAAUGACGAUGACGAACAGGAACGUGAAGAUAUGAAACACGCCAUGCUUAAAAUGUUGUGCCAGCAACUUUACUUCGCGCCUAUCGGAGACAACCCACACGAGAUACUCGAUCUUGGAACAGGCACCGGAGUAUGGGCAAUUGAGAUGGGUGAUACCUAUCCCAGCGCAAACGUUCUUGGCUUAGACUUGAGUCCUAUUCAACCACAGUGGGUACCGCCUAAUGUCCGAUUCAUGGUAGACGACGUGGAAAGCCCUUGGCUUCAUCCCAAGAACCAUUUCGACUACAUACAUUCGCGACAUAUGAUCAUGGCUAUUAAAGACUGGGAUAAGCUGUUAAGAACAUCCUACGAGCAUUUAAAACCAGGCGGCUGGAUAGAGCUGCAAGAAAUUCAUCAUUUCCCCGCGAGCAGUAAUGGUACCUUAGCGAGCGACCACCCGGUUGCCCAAUACUGGCAAUAUGUGGACGAGGGGUUGAUAAAUCUAGGGGUUAGCUUCAGGACGUCGAACGAAGGCCGUAUAGCGGCAGCGAUGCGAGAAUGCGGAUAUGUGAAUGUAACGGAACGGGUCUUUCACAUUCCUAUCGGUACUUGGCCGAAAAACAAGACUCUGAAGAGUGUCGGGCUCUACUGGAAGACGAUCUUGCUUGAUGGCAUACAAGCGAUAGCGCUCGGACCAAUGACCAGGGGACUACAUUGGAGAAGAGAACAGGUGGAGGCCCUCCUAGUUUCGGUGAGGAAGGGAUAUCAUGACAACUCGCUACUCCUGUACAUGCCUCUCGUCUGCGUAUAUGGUCAGAAACCCGAAUCGCAGUAAAUAUCCUAGCGAAAAGGAGGUCGGAUCUCCCGAGAGGCGGUCCAGAUCGGGAAAGAAGCUUAUACUGGUUGGAUACGAAUGCGAUCGGGACGGCAGAGCGAAUACCUGCAGAGCAGAAACGAACCGUGGAAGUAUUGAGGAGAACAAACAACUUGAACCGCUUGAACCACUAGCUUGACUAAUUUUAGACACUUUCAGCCACCCUUGCUCGCAGGAGCCGUUAUCAUUGGAGAAUUACUACUUUUUAUAGCCGG